AUGGCCACCCCACGAGAGGAUACUUUGAAUAAGUUAGUCGAGGAACGCGGUCGCGUUAAAUCGUCGCUCACGCGAUUUAAGACAUGUUUCGAGACGCAGCGAGCAACCACCGGGGCUGCUGCAUUGGAGGAACGGUUGCACAGAAAUCUCCAUUUACUCGAUAGAUUUGAGUCGAUUCAGGAUCGCAUCGAUGCGAUCACCGCCGGGACACCGGAAGAACACACGCAAAAUCAAAUUCGCGAGGCGUUCGAAAACGCGUAUUUCGAUAUCAUAGGCGCGGUUCGCGAACAUGUUUCGGCUAAGCGUGCUCCGGUUCCGAAUCCGAGCUCUACCGCGCAACAGACGUUUCGUGUAGAUGCUGCAUCACCCACAGCCUCCGUAGCGGCACCCUCGGUUAGAUUGCCGUCAGUUCCGUUGCCCAGUUUUCACGGGACGGUCGGAGAAUGGGUCUAUUUUCGAGACAGCUUCGAAUCAUUGAUAAACCAAAAUACCGUGUUAAGCAAUAUCGAACGGUUUCACUAUUUGAGAUCAGCAGUAAAGGGAGACGCUGCUCGGGCAUUGAAAGCAUUACCGAUGUCAGAUGAAAACUACACGGCCGCGUGGAAGCUCUUGUGCGAGCGUUACGAAGACACAAAUGAAUUAAUCGAUUUCCACGUCGGUGCAUUGUUCGACUUGCCGACGUUGCCAAAGGACUCACCGGCGAGUCUGAGGCAACUUUUAGACGACUUUAACAACAAUUUAAAAUCCUUAACCUCGCUGGAGGAACCCGUCGAAAAAUGGGACACGAUCUUGGUCCAUUUAUUAGCGACCAAACUCGACCGGAAAACGAGCGAAGCGUGGGAUAAACGGGUCGCGGAAAUAGGCCGUAAGAAAACGUUGGCAGAUUUACAGACAUUUCUCGAAAAGCAGUACAAAAUCCUAAUAAAGUCAGUUCGAGUAAUACCUCCGGGUCCGUUCCCUCCGAAAAAUAGGAACCCAGGUCAGAAACCGCAACCUCACCCCAUGACGCUGGUUAGCAUGCAAAGUUUAGAAUGCCCAUUAUGUUCGUCGGAUCAUCCUCUCACACAAUGCAAACGGUUUAAAGCUUUGACUCCGUACGCUCGGUUUAUGAAGGUCAAAGAAUUCCGUAUUUGUUUUAAUUGCCUGCGACCAGGUCAUGGUUCAAACACCUGCAACAAGGGGAAUUGCCACAAAUGCAACGGCAACCAUCAUACGUUGAUUCAUUUAAAAAAUGACUCGACGCCUACCGUAGAUCCCGUGGUUGCAAAUCCCGUCGUUAGUAUAGCAAAUGUAGUAAAUAAUACGCCCCCUCAGAGUUAUGCAACUCAUGACUCGUCGGGAAAAGAGCAUGUUCUUUUAUCCACGGCUAUUAUACAUGUCCUCAACGACAAGGGACAAAAAUUUGAAUGUAGGGCGUUACUCGACCAAGGCUCGCAAGUAAAUAUCAUAAAAGAGUCAUUUGCGAAAUUUGUCGGCUUGAGUUGUAAACCGACCCAAUUAGCGAUCUCGGGGGUAGGGGCCGCGGACGCAGGUAAACGCGCUUAG